AUGUUUUCUUCAUCUCGAGUUUUAGCAAUUUCACACUCAACUACACCGUGUUAUUCAUCCAAUUCUCGACAUUAUCUCCAGGGAAAGCUAAAAUCUAAUCUCAAAUGGAGAUCAAUGGCAUUAGAUUCAGACGCUGAUUCAAUGGAUUCAGAUUCAUCGACAAAUGAAAACUCUGCAGCGUUUUGUAUUAUAGAAGGGCCGGAGACCGUGCAAGAUUUUGCUAAACUGGAUUUACAGAAAAUUCAGGCUAAUAUUCGAAGUCGUAGGAAUAAAAUCUUUUUACAUAUGGAGGAGGUUCGUAGGCUAAGAAUACAGCAAAGAAUUAAAAGCGUGGAGCUGGGGAUUUUAGAGGAAGAGCAAGAGAAUGAGCUUCCUAAUUUUCCUUCAUUCAUUCCAUUUUUGCCUCCUCUGACAUCUGCAAAUCUUAAACAAUACUAUGCAACUUGUUUUUCUCUAAUUACUGGCUUCAUGCUUUUCGGUGGACUUCUUGCUCCCACUCUGGAACUAAAACUGGGAUUAGGAGGGACAUCAUAUGCUGAUUUUAUCAGCAGUAUGCAUCUACCUAUGCAACUGAGUCAGGUUGAUCCCAUUGUGGCAUCAUUCUCAGGAGGGGCGGUUGGAGUAAUAUCUGCAUUGAUGGCAGUUGAAAUAAACAAUGUAAAACAGCAGGAGCAAAAGAGAUGCAAGUACUGUCUUGGAACUGGAUACCUUGCUUGUGCACGCUGUUCAAACACUGGAUCUAUUGUUCUUAUUGAACCGGUCUCAACAGUAAACGGUGGGGAUCAACACCUGUCGCCACCUAAAACCGAAAGAUGUUCUAAUUGUUCAGGGGCAGGAAAGGUCAUGUGCCCUACAUGUCUUUGCACGGGGAUGGCUAUGGCAAGUGAGCAUGAUCCACGGAUCGACCCCUUUGACUGA